GUUUCUAGGGCAGGCAGUUCGCAGGCUUUUUUUUUAGCGCUGCUGCAUCAUCUACUCCGGCGGUUGCGGGCUAGUACUGGAGUUGGUUUUGAGCUCUGUGUGAGGUGCCGCUGUCACCGCUGCCCUUUUUCGCUACUUGGAUUGAUCGUUCCCAUCCAGUAAGUGUGAGAUGACAGGAGGUUUAUAAUGAAUCCCAGCAUGAAGCAGAAACAAGAAGGAAUCCAAGAAAAUGUAAAGAAUAGUCCUGCCCCAAGAAGAACUCUGAAAAUGAUUCAGCCUUCUGCAAAUGGAUUACUUGUUGGAAGAGAAAAUGAGUUGGUUAAAGACAUUUCAAAAAGGAAACAAUGGAAUGAACAGUUAACAUCUAAGACUUCCAUCUCUGGAGUAGUUAUCCCAGAGCAUAAUGAAAAUGAAAAUCUUGGAGAAGUCACCCAAGAAGCCUUUGAUCUUAUGAUUGCAGAAAACCCAUCUCCUCAGUAUUGGAAAGAAGUAGCAGAACAACGGAGGAAGGCUCUCUAUGAAACACUUCAGGAAAAUGAGAAACUUCAUAAGGAAAUUGAAGAAAAAGACAAUGAAAUUUCCCGCUUGAAAAAGGAGAAUAAAGAAUUGGCAGAAGUAGCACAACAAGUACAGUACAUGGCAGAGAUAAUUGAGAGGCUGACUGGUGAACCUUUGGAUAACUUUGAAUCACUGGAUAGUCAGGAAUUUGAUUCUGAAGAGGAAACUGGUGAGGAUUCUGAAGUGGAAGACUCAGAAAUUAGUACUGGUGCCGAAGAAACUGUAUCUUCUUCUACAGAUUCGAAACCAUGUAUUUGAAAUUCAUUAAUAUCUGAUUCUCGAGAAAUAUGCUGCCAAAGUUUACCUCCACUAUAGUUCUUUGUAGCAGAGCAAAAAACUAUAUAGUGCAAACUUGAAAUCAAACUUUUCUGGUUUGAGACCUGGGACCUUAUUAUUAUAUUAAAAUACAAAUAUGUAUUUUUAAUCUAUAAUGUUUUAUGUAAAUAGCAUUUUCUUAGUUGUCAAACAUUGUGUAUAUGAUAAAUAAACUUCAGUCUAUUAUUGAGUA